GGUGUGUCGAUUGCCAAACAAAAACAAACAUGCCUACCCCUUUAACGUCUGCUUAUCGCAUGGUUUUGCUUCCCAUGUUACCUUGCUUUAGGAGCCUUCAUUUAUGGAACUGCCUCUGGCUAUUUACAUAUAUAAUCAACUCAAUUCAUUACCUCCUGCAUAUCAAAAAGCUAGUACUGAGAGUGUUCUAAGAACAAAGCCCUCCUUUUUCUACCAUCUUAAAAGCUAGGUUAACAAGAUGAUCAGUGCCAAGAAACUUAUCAAACUGGCAAGGAAAUGGCAGAAGCUUGCUGCUCUUGGGCGGAAAAGAAUCACAAUGCCAAGAACCACUAGUGGGAUUGUGGAUGCAGAAAGUUGCAGCACAUCAUACUCAGUUGAGAAGGGUCACUUUGUGGUGUACUCAAUUGAUCAAAGACGCUUUGUGCUUCCUUUGGAUUAUCUUAACAAUGAUGUUGUAAAAGAAUUAUUCGAGCUUGCAGAAGAAGAGUUUGGAUUGGCAAGCAACAGUCCUCUCAUAUUGCUAUGUGAUUCAGGCUUCAUGGAGUAUAUAAUUGAUUUAAUACGAAGGUGUAUGACUAAAGAUGUAGAGAAAGCAUUGCUGAUAUCCAUGGCUAGCAUUCGCUGCUCAUCAUCUUUGCAUCCUCAUCAAGCUCUUGCAAGUCAACAGUUGCAAAUCCGCAGCUUCUAAGCCAACAGUGUACAAAUAUAUAUAUAUUAUCAAUGAAAGAUAUUUCAAAGAUUGUCCUCAUGUUAUUUUUCUUCAAUUGUUUAGAUACUACAAUUAAAUGCAAAUGCUACA